AACAAGUCAAAAAAGGAGAAAACAUUUAUUUGGGUGUGCUUCGACUACUCCGAAAAAUUGUUCAAGAAGAAAACCCAGCAUACACACACACCAACACCAUCAGCUCAACCAGAAAUUCCAAAAACACCACCUUCGUGCAUGCUCAUCUAUGGCCUCUAUAUUACCAUCUAACAUCCUCAUUGUUUCAUCAACAACAGUAAUUAGCUCAAAAAACUAAACGAUUUCCAGUUUUCUUCUCAUAAAUCCAUCGCAGAUUCUGUUUAUUUGCUGGGUUAAUGGCAAAUGCAUCCUGGGGUUUCACUCCUACAGUUCCUCAUCUUGAUCGAACGAGGAUAUUUCCAUCUAUAACCAUUUUUCGAUCUGGGUUUUAUUCCACUGAUCGAAUUUCCAAGAGGGUAUCCUGCGCAAGUACUGCUAAUGGUGCUGAUAAGCUAUCCCCUUCCGAAUCUCGCUCCCCUAGGGUAGUUGGAAAGGGUUGCAAGUUAGUUGGAUGUGGUUCUUCUGUACCUAAUCUUCAAGUUUCUAAUGAUGAUCUUUCUAAAAUUGUUGACACAAAUGAUGAAUGGAUAUCUGUUCGAACUGGAAUCCGUAAUCGCCGAGUUCUUACAGGAAAAGAUAGAAUGACAGGAUUGGCUAUUGAGGCAGCUCAGAAAGCCCUAAAGAUGGCAGAUGUUGAUCCUGAUGAUGUGGAUUUAGUCCUGUUAUGCACAUCAACCCCUGAUGAUCUUUUUGGUAGUGCACCUCAGAUACAAGCAGGACUUGGGUGUAAGGGAAAUCCAUUGGCUUUUGAUAUCACAGCUGCUUGUAGUGGAUUUAUAUUGGGUCUAGUUUCAGCUUCUUGUUAUAUCCGAGGUGGUGGAUUUAGAAAUGUUCUUGUGAUUGGAGCAGAUGCUUUGUCUCGUUAUGUUGAUUGGACAGAUAGAGGGACUUGUAUUUUAUUUGGUGAUGCUGCUGGUGCUGUAUUACUUCAGGCAUGUGAAAGUGAGGAAGAUGGGAUGUUUGGUUUUGAUUUGCACAGUGAUGGUGAAGGCAACAGACAUUUAAAUGCGAGCAUCAAAGAGAAUGAAACAGAGGAUUUAUUUGGUACAAAUGGCACAAUCCCGGGAUUUCCUCCAAAGAGUUCGUCUUAUUCAUAUGUCCAAAUGAAUGGUAAAGAGGUGUUUAAGUUUGCGUGUCGGGUGGUCCCACAAUCAAUCGAGUUGGCUCUACAAAAUGCCGGGUUGACUCGGUCUAGCAUUGAUUGGUUAUUGCUCCAUCAGGCGAACCAGAGAAUCCUUGAUGGGGUUGCAACGCGUUUAGAAAUCCCGACGGAACGAGUGAUAUCGAACUUGGCAAACUACGGAAACACGAGCGCGGCUUCGAUUCCGUUGGCGUUAGAUGAAGCGGUGCGGAGCGGGAAAAUCAAAUCCGGGGAAACAAUUGCUGCUGCGGGAUUUGGGGCUGGUCUUACAUGGGGUUCUGCUAUUAUUAGAUGGAACUAAAAAAACUAAAUAUUCAACUUAUAACAACAUUUUACAUGCUUCACUUGUCUGUCUAUUAUAAUGUCUUUUAUUUUAUUUUAUUUUAUUUCUUUUUUGGG